CCUUGAGGCUUCAAAAGCAAGAUGGCGACUAUCCUGAGGCUGAGUGUCCUCCGUGGGGCCCAGGGAUCCCGAGGCCUGUUUCUUCAAACUCCAGUGGUAAAACCUGCUCAUGUCUCAGCAUUUCUCCAAGACCGACUAUCUCCAGGAUGGUGUGGAGCCCAGCACAUUCACCUAUCGCCAAGCUGCCAUGCUGGUUCCAAGGCUGCGUCUGUCCACUGGACUAGUGAAAGAGCAGUCAGUGUUUUGCUCCUGGGCCUGCUUCCUGCUGCAUAUUUGAAUCCUUGCUCUGCAAUGGACUACUCCCUGGCCGCAACCCUCACUCUUCACAGUCACUGGGGCCUUGGACAAGUUGUGACGGACUAUGUUCAUGGAGCUGUGCCCCAGAAAGCUGCCAAGGCAGGCCUUUUGGCACUCUCAGCUUUAACUUUUGCUGGCCUUUGUUACUUCAACUACCAUGACGUGGGCAUUUGCAAAGCUGUUGCCAUGCUGUGGAAGCUCUGAUCUUCUGGACUUACUACUUUAAGGAUUGAUUGUGCGCCUCUUUGCCUCUGCUCUGUCAUGCCAUUCAGCUCACAGUAAGCAAAAAGUAACGGAUAAGUUCAUCGGGCCUUGUGAGAUGGUCAUUUGUAGUAUUUAAGGUCGAGAGGAAUUGUAUCCAAGAAAUAGUGAGACUGAGUUCUGUGUUUUAGUGAGUUAAUGGGUCUGCCUCCCAACUCACAAGACUCAGUAUAAUUAAACAUUGCAUAUGAGCUUUUGCCUUUUAAUUUAUCUUUUAAAGAGAAUUCAGCUUUAUUAUUAUCAAUUCAUGGCCAUACUUUUAUAUUUUUCCUGGGAAUAAUACAUGACUGUACUUUCACAUUUUCCCUGGGAAUAAUAGACAAAGGGAAAUUCAUGAGUAACUACUUUCCA